GGUCACGUGGGCGCCGCGCUCCUCCAGAGCGGAGAGGAGGGGCGGGGGGCCGGGCCGGGGCGGCGGGCAGGAUGCUGAGCCGCCUGCAGGAGCUGCGCAAGGAGGAGGAGACGCUGCUGCGGGUGAAGGCGGCGCUGCACGAGCAGCUCACCCGGCUCAAGGUGGAGGAGCUGGCGCUGCAGUCCAUGAUCCGCUCCCGCGAGGAGGACGUGGCCGCCGCCCCGGGCGCGGAGGAUCCCCAGCAGAUCCUCGGGCAGAUGGACAACGAGGCUGCUAUCAAUCAAACCGAAUUACAGCUAAGUAUUCAAGGCUAUGAAGAGGAGGUGGAAGAGGAGGAGGAAUCCGAUUCUUGAGAGAAAAAAAGAGUCAAAGAUGGUUUUUAAUACAGACUCAGGAAUUUCUUCUUCAUUCUUGCCAACAGAUUUUCACCUUGUUCUGUGUGUGGGCUGUAUGACCUGCCAGACUCCUGGAGUCUAGGGAAGUUACCCGUGAGGACGCAAAUGUCACAGUCUUGGCAGAUUUGGAAUUAGAUGUUAAAAGAAUGAAAACUUGCCGUGCCAGUAUGUAGCAUCAUCCAUCUUGCAAGCCUCAUGUGUAGCUUACUAUAUCUUUAUACAAGGUAAAAAAAAAAAAAAAGUCAUUAAUUAAGUCAGACUAAUUUAACACAGAGCAAUAACGUGUCCAUUCUUAUUUCCUGUUGCUAAAAACUAAAACCAGGCCCCAGAGGCUGGUUGCUGAACCAAUGAUUAUAUCGUAACCUCAUUUGCUUAAACUGGGAAUCUUAGGACAGGCACCGAGAUGUGUCCAGCAUUGUCUCCAGGCUUUCAGCUGCAGUGCUCUCAGUUACAUGGACCACUCGCCACAUGCAUCCUGCAAAUGUGACCCACAGAAGCUGUAGUGCUUCUCUCAGGGGGAGAAGCAGACAUCACACUGCCACCCUAACUUUGAGUGCAGUAGCAAGGGAGCUCUCUUGUCCCUACAGGUGCUGUUUUCAAGUACUGUCAGUCUGACUGUAACAGCCAGGUUUUCCUCACUUGCUCUUUCAGCAUAGCAGCCAAUUGGCCUUCUAUUCUUCCACAAACUGUACGGUAAGAAUUAGUCCAUAUUAGUUGUAAUAAGGAACUAAUAUUUUAAAAUUAGUUUUAUUUUCUUUUUCUCUCAGUGAAUUUGUUGUUCAAUGCAAGUCUGCCUUCUGCUUUAAAGUUAUGUAGGAGAAGUAUGAGGAAUUAAAAUUUACUUGGAAAGUGAAGCAAAGUCCCUUCCCCAGUGUCUUUAAUGGUACGGUGACAAGCUAAUGCUGCUCCUAGGGAUAGACAAAGUGUUCUUCCCCCUUGUGGAAUGGGGACACCAAGUGGAGCAGCUGGUUAUUUAUUUCAUCAGUUCUUAAACUGAUGAAAUACUUGUUUUGAAGCGCACAAAAUCAAACUCUGGUAAGCUGAGUAAAAGCAGACAAGUAAAAAUAAUAUCCUUAGCCACUUCAUCAAACUGUCUUAUUAAGAAAAUAGCCACAGCAAUCCAGGCUGUUUUCAUUGCACAGCCAGCUAAAGGUGCUAUUGCUGUCUCUGGCAUUAACAGCUCAGAGAAAACAAAAUCAACUAUUAUCUGGAGUUUGCCUUUAACAGCAGGAAAAGAACUGAGAAAAGCAGCCAGUAUCCUGAGUGUCAUCAGAACACUUAAUUCAACCUCCACUAACUUCCUGCCACUGUUUGAAGAGAGAUUAUUUGGCUCUUAUUUGGCUUGUAGCUAUAGGAACAGAACAUUAGAAUGUAAUUGGAGCUUCAUCCUGUACUAAAGACUAAUUGUUUUUUUGGAAGCCUGGAUGUCUUAAUGAAAGAGCUUAGACUGUGAGUGCAGAACACUUGGCAAAGCCUUCCUAGGGCUCACAGGAGAAAAAAAAAAAAGAGUCUGAGCAAGAAACAUUAUGGCUUGCAGUGUCAAGUGGUUCUUUGGAGGUAGGUUUGGCCCCAGCAUACUACCAAAUAGUUUUCGUGGCUAUACUGCUGCUUCUUUCUCCCCACUGCCUUUUUUUGAACUAGGCCCUUCCUUUGAAAUAAAACUACUCUGCAUGUUGUAAUAAAGUACUUUUGCUGCUGUCCAGCUAUGUGUAACUGUACUUACAGUGUUCAAAUUACUGCUGUACGUGGCACAAAGAAGUAAAAUCAGCUUUCCUGUCUAAAAA